GGGCUGGGUUGUACGCCAUUUUAUCUCAAAGUCAGACAAUGAGCUGCAGAAAAUGAUAGAUUUAUUUUGUACCUACUCCGUUUUAAAACGUUACGCAAAGUAUCAUUAUUAUCCCUAGGUAGUGCGAUCUAUGUAUCUUGUACAAAGUAUUAUGGAUGCUUAGCCAGAAGUGAGAUUUAUUGUGAUUAUAUCAUGGAUUGUGACUUUAUAUUGUAUACCAAUGAAUUCCACAAAGCAAGUCAUCUUUCAUUAAAUUGGGCCAUUUACCAAUGAGUGGAGGAUGAGUGAGCAACAACCUGGGCUUGGGCCAACCCCACCCACGGGACCACCAACGCUGAAUGUGGCAGGUCAAACUGUCCGCAUUCAGCAGGUCCAAAAUGUUAAUCUACUUACAACUGGCGGCCAACAGUUCGUAAUAACGGGGCAAGUACCUGGGCUGGCGCAGGUCUUGUCCCCAAUCACUACAAGUGCGUCAGGUGGAAUGACGAGACUGCUAACCCACAGGGUUAUACAAGGAAGAGGAGGAACAUUACAGCUUGCGCCAUCUAAUGCAGGAACAGCUGCUGGUACACCUGUUUCCUUGGUGGCGAUUGGACAGUCAUCAGUAAAUGCUUCUUCUUAUCCUACUCUUGUCAACACCUUAUCCUCCCCGUCAAGGAGGACGCAACCCACAGCAUCUCAGCCAACUGUGUUAGCAUCACCUUCACGUAGCAACCCAUCUCAUCCGUUAUCCCCUAGUGCAAGUCCUCAGACAAGAAAAAAAAUGCGUGUUUCCACUUCUGACACUCCGGUCAGUGAAGAGACGAUGGCAAGGAGGAAAUUAAUAGUAGAACAUAAACUAGUGAGACUUAAAGCUGCUCGAUCCAGAUAUGCAGACCUUGCUGCUGAGCUCUUCUUCCUCCAGGCUGGUGGGAACAUGUCAGAUUAUCUUGCAUGGCGAAAGCGCUCACCUACUCCCCAGUUCUUACAUUUUCUUCGGUCGAAUCGGCUUGACGCUGAUGAUGAUGACGAAGACUUAACUCAAAACCUUACACCAGCCAUUCAGGCCACCCAGUCAGUUUCAGCAGCUGUAGCUGCAACUACCCCUGUAACCCAAACUCCUGCUGUGUCCACCCCCACCCCUGUCCCAUCCUCAAGUUCUCAAGCUGAGCCUACCGUACCUGAUCCAGCCAAAAUAGCUGGUGCACCUGCGCCUGCCACUGGUAGAAGGUCACCACCCCUAUCUGCUGCUGCAGGAAGCUUCUCCCCUGAAAGAAGGGUCCCGGGUAGCCCCUCCAAAUUAAAAGGACAGCAGCCACAUGGAGCCCGGCAGCAUCCAAAGCAGACACCACCUCAAGAAUCGACACCCGGUAGCCAAGAACAAAUUGUGGAGAAAGCUAAACAAGAAGCAUAUGUUAUGCAAAGGAUUGUAGAACUUCAGAGAGAGGGUUUGUGGACUGAAAAAAGAUUACCGAAAGUGCAAGAACCUGCCAGAGCAAAAGCUCAUUGGGACUAUUUGCUGGAAGAGAUGGUGUGGUUAGCUGCUGACUUUGCCCAAGAGAGGAAGUGGAAAAAAGCAGCUGCAAAGAAAUGUGCCAAAAUGGUUCAGAAACAUUUCAAUGAAAAGCAGGCGAAUGCUGAUAAGGCUGAGAAACUGCAGGAGAUGCGUCUGAGGAAAAUUGCAAAUACCAUAGCCAAAGACAUAAAAAGUUUCUGGGCAAACAUUGAGAAGCUGGUUGAGUUCAAGCAAACUCAAAUAUUAGAAGAGAAGAGGAAAAAGGCAUUAGAUCAGCAUCUUAGUUUUAUAGUUGACCAGACAGAAAAGUAUUCAAUGCUGCUCACCGAGGGUAUGAAUCGUACAGGUGCCGAGAGUGCCAAUAACAGCAUUAAUGCUAGUGUCCCUCCAUCAGUUGUGUCCUUCUCUUCUGACACAGAAGCUGCAGCUAAAUCUGAUGAUGACUUUAGACCAGAUAUGGAUUCAGAAGAUGAUGAACGAACUAUAGCUAAGGAUGAGGAUGUCGGUGGAAAUCCUGAAGAAAUUGCAAAGUUACAGGAAGAAACUGAAUUAUCUUUAGAAGAUCUCUUAAAAGAGUUCCCUGGUUACCUAGACAAUAGAGAUAAGCUUAUUGAGAAUGAGGAUGGUGUCGACAGCAGUAGCAAAGGCUCUGUUGCUGGUGCUGAUGAUGAGGAAUCCAAAGCAUCUGAUGAAGAUGAUGAUGAGGAUGAAGAAGAAGAAGACGAAGAUGCAGAUAGUGACGAUGAGGAUGAGGAAGAUGAUGAGGAAGAAGAUGUUGAUAUGGAUGAGGGUAAUGAUGAUUCAAAAGACGCAGCUGAUGUUGAUACCAAUGACUCUGGAUCGGGUCUGGGUGAAUUGUAUCGGCCUGCUGGUGGAUCCAAAGCUAAAACUGAAGAAGAGACAGGAAAAGAAAUCAAUGAUGUUGCUGCUGUGGCCGAAAGUUUGCAACCUAAAGGCAACACAUUGUCCUCUACUAAUGUUGUGACCAAAAUACCCUUUUUGCUUAAACACACUUUAAGAGAGUACCAACACAUUGGUCUUGAUUGGCUUGUGACAAUGUAUGACCGAAAUCUCAAUGGUAUUCUAGCAGAUGAAAUGGGCUUAGGAAAAACAAUCCAGACAAUCUCACUUUUGGCCCAUCUUGCGUGUGAAAAGGAAGAUUGGGGUCCUCACCUAAUUGUCGUUCCUACAUCUGUGAUGCUCAAUUGGGAGAUGGAGUUGAAGAAAUGGUGUCCUGGUUUCAAAAUUUUGACGUACUUUGGAACCCAGAAGGAAAGGAGAGCUAAAAGAACAGGUUGGACUAAGCCAAACGCAUUUCAUGUGUGCAUUACAUCUUACAAAUUGGUAAUUCAAGACCACCAAAGUUUUAGACGCAAGAAGUGGAAGUACUUGAUCUUGGAUGAAGCUCAGAACAUUAAAAACUUCAAAUCUCAGCGAUGGCAGCUUCUCUUGAACUUCCAAACAGAAAGACGACUUCUUUUGACUGGCACACCUCUUCAAAACAACCUGAUGGAACUGUGGUCAUUGAUGCAUUUCCUUAUGCCUCAUGUUUUCCAGUCACAUAAAGAGUUCAAGGAAUGGUUCUCAAAUCCUGUGACAGGGAUGAUAGAGGGUAAUUCAGAAGUCAAUGAAAGUAUAAUUAAAAGACUGCACAAAGUUUUGCGGCCUUUCCUUUUGAGACGUCUCAAAUGUGAGGUUGAGAAGCAGCUUCCAAAGAAGUAUGAACAUGUUAUCAUGUGCAGACUAUCCAAACGCCAACGAUACCUUUAUGAUGACUUUAUGUCAAGAUCAAAAACUAGAGAGACUCUUGCUACUGGAAAUUUGUUGAGUGUCAUCAAUGUGCUCAUGCAACUGCGUAAAGUAUGCAACCAUCCCAACUUAUUUGAAGCUCGCCCCACUAUAUCACCAUUUCAAAUGCAGGGUAUUGAAUUUAAUACUGCAUCACUCGUUUGCCACCUGCUUGAGUAUGAUGUGUGGAAGGAUAUUGAUCUUCGGAAUCUUAACAUUCAAAUGGUGGAUUUAGAGGAUUCUGUAUCAGCUUUCGUUGCACAUCGAAUGAAGCGUAUUGAAACACCUGGCAAGCUCAUCGAGGAAAUUGAUAGUCAACCAGAUCCACCACCACCUUGCCCCAAGGGCAGACUAAAUAUCAGUGUUAGAUCUAAUCCAGUGGGUCCACAGACAUUAAUCUUGAAUCAGCAAAAUGGCAUGACCACAUUAGGUGGUGGUGGUGUACGAAUUGGGACCUCUCCAGCCCCACCUCGUAAAACAGCUUCUGUUGCCAAUGGACAGAAACCUACUGUUGGUCCACAAUCAGUAGCUCGACCAACAAUAAAGCUGCCUAGUUCCUCAUCAUCAGAACCACAGACAAAUGCAGCUGGUGGGUUUACCUCCUCCAAUGGCAACCAUGCAAGUUCCAGGAAGCUCAAGACUAGGGGCAACGAAGCUAAAUCUCCCUUUUUCAUUCCUGAACUUGUGGAGAAGAGGCGACAGAGAAGGCGAGGAAAACUUCAGUUUCUGGCUAAAGGCAACCAAAUUAAGUGUGGUGCAUAUCCCAUUUAUGGUGCUGACCUAGUUUGUGCACUCCACAUGCUGGGAGAAACACCAUGUACAACGAUGGCCUGGUCUGCUGGCUAUGUGCAUUGUGCACAUGAAAGCAAAGCCCUCCAUCACCCCUCAACCUAUUGGCAAAGGACGGACGCGUUGUCCAAACUUAUUUACACUAAUGAGGAUUAUGUGAACUCGCUCAAUGACAUAUUUGGAAGGUUCGUUAUAUGGGUCCCACCAGUAGCAGCCCCUUUGCCGGCUCUGCAUGUGUCUCAUCCUCCUCCAUCGGCUUUGUGGAAAGAGCGGAGAAUGGUUUCCACUUUGCAGCAUGAAGUGUCUCCUAAAUGCACAAUUCUUCACCCUGUUGCUAGAUCAAUGACAACACAAUUCCCUGAUCCUAGGCUAAUACAGUAUGAUUGUGGUAAACUUCAGACUAUGGAUAGAUUGUUGCGGCAACUAAAAGCUGGACAUCACAGAGCUUUAAUUUUCACUCAAAUGACAAGGAUGCUUGACGUGCUGGAGGCAUUUUUGAAUUUCCAUGGACACAUUUAUCUGAGGUUGGAUGGUACAACAAAGGUGGAUCAGAGACAAGUGUUGAUGGAGAGAUUCAAUACUGAUCCAAGAAUAUUUUGUUUUAUACUAUCCACUCGGUCUGGUGGAGUUGGUGUGAAUUUGACUGGUGCAGACACUGUGAUAUUCUACGAUAGUGACUGGAAUCCUACUAUGGAUGCUCAAGCACAAGAUCGUUGCCAUCGUAUCGGCCAAACCAGAGAUGUCAACAUUUACAGGUUGAUAAGUGAGAAAACAGUUGAAGAAAAUAUCUUAAAGAAGGCCAAUCAGAAGAGAAUGUUAGGAAACCUUGCAAUUGAAGGAGGAAACUUCACCACUGCAUUCUUCAAAAGUUCUACCAUUCAAGACCUCUUCAAUGUUGAUGUCAGUGAGAACGAUGCAUCAAGACGCAUGGCGGAGGUUGUUGACAGGGAUAGUCAGAGUGUGCCAUCACCCCAGGAUGAUAAGGUUGCUAUGGGGGCAUUGGAGUCAGCUUUGGCAGCAGCUGAAGAUGAAACUGAUGUCAUUGCUCUGAAAUCAGCUAAGGCUGAAGCUGUGGCAGACUUGGAAGAGUUUGAUGAAAAUGUUCCUCUUGGAGAGGAUGGAGUGGAAGGCACAUCAGCUCAACAAUCUGACCAGCCGGAGCUCAGCAAGGCUGAGCAAGAGGUUCAAAACCUGGUUCAACAGCUAUCAUCGAUUGAACGCUAUGCCAUGACAUUUGUUGAAGAGACGGACUCCUGGAGUGCGAAGCAACUUGCCGAGGCAGAGGCAGAAAUAGAACGCCAAAAGAAAGACUGGGAAUUGAACCGGCUGGCCGCUGCGCGGGAGCAGGAGGAGCGUCGGCAGCGGUUGGCUGACGAUGAACCCAUGCUGACCUACUCGCGCGAAGAUGCCAACACUCAGGAGUGGCUAUCUGACAAUGGGAAGGAACUCAUGCCGAUGUGGUGUCCACCAACACCCCCUCAGCAUGACAAUGACGUGUACAUUGACAUGUCAAUGGGAUUCCUCUAUGAUCACAAUAUCAUGUCGGAGUCACAACUCCCACCUGUAUAUGUCAAGAAAGAAUUAAAACGAUCUCGGCAAGCUGAAAUAGGGGGCGCAGGCGAAAGAGAAGGUCGACGACCACUUAAAGUUCGUCCUCGAGAUGAGAGCUCCUCUCAAGCACCUCGCUCGCUCUUUGAUAGGCCGUCACCAGCACUGGUUAAAAUGCGAAGAGAUAUUAAGCUUCAAAAGUAUAGAGGUCAUGUCCGUAGUCCUAUUCCGAACCCACUUAAGCCUCAGAUUCCUCAGAGACCUGCACAGGAGCCCGAGUACAUGCCUGAAUGGCUUAUUUAUGAGGACAAUUGUCUUCUCAGGGAAGUGCAAGCUACCCAAGAACUAAUGUUGAACUUGCUAGUAGUUACACCUGCCCAUACUCCCAACUGGGAUUAUGAAUCUGAGUCUGUCACUAAUAUUGGACGAACAUUCAGAUCAGCAAAGCAUUGUCGAUACAGAUAUGAGAAUGUAGUGAUACCUCGUGAAGAAGGUAAAACACCUUACCCAGAUACCCUGACAAAGAAACAGAAAAAGUUAAAAAAUAUCAACAAGCCGUUGCAGCCAACCAAAUCCAAUCGACCUAUGAGAACAGCUCAACUUUAUGCACAUGAUGCCAACCAAGCCUUCACCACAUUGUACCUGAAACAUUUUGAAAAUGUGCGUGAGGUUUCGAACAAGCGAGCCCCUACUGUUAAGCCUCUUUUGGUGAACCCAUCAGUCAAGAACCCCAAACAUGCUGCUGUGUUGCAAGAAAAUGGAAUUGAUUACGACAACCCUCUGGAGCCAGAGGCAGUUGCCUUACGAAGAGCUGAGAGAAUUGCUCAGGAGAAGAAAAAGCAGUCUUCGAAUAAAGCUGGGGUGCUACCUGGAGCUGCUCCACCGCCUCCGACCCUUCCAGUGGUGGUAGCAUCUGUUGCCCAGCCCACAGCUGCAGUUGUUGCCGCUGCGGGUGUACAGCCUGCUGCCCCAGCCGUCGCACAACAGCUGCAACAACUGCAGCAGCAACCUCUCCAGCAGCAGUCCCUGCAGCAGCAGGCUGUCCCGGCCGCGAGCGUCGCGGCUGCAGCCAGUGCAGGGCUGUCCCCACAGUUGCGGAGACCUGUAGCCCUCAUGAUGCAGGAAGUGGUGGGCCAACCUGGAGUGGGUACUGUGCGGGCUGUGGCAAGCUCCCCUACUGUUGUGUCUGUAGCCAGUUUGACGCAAGCUCAAGCUCAAGCUGCUGCCCAGAGACUAUCCCUUGCUCAGACCACAGCCACUGCGUCUGCGUCUCCUAAAACAGUCACAGCAAACAUGGUUGCUGCUGCAGCCGCGGCGGCAGGCAAAACUUUGACCCAGCAACAACUGCAACAGCUUCAACGGCAACAGAUAUUGAAGCAAAGAGCACAAAUGAAGCUUGUUCAGCAACAACAAGCUGCCCAGGCUGCUGCCGCGGCCGCUGCUGGUGCAGCUCCUGGCACCAUUGUGUCCAGCAUAGCUGCCUCUGGGCAAGCUGUCCAAACGGUCCAAACAGCAACUGUCAGUGGCACUAUCCCUAUUGUAUCAGUCGCAACAGCAGGGGCUACACAAAAAGUAGUCGCUGCUUCAGGAAUGCCUGUUGUCACAGCUGUUCAGGUUUCGCAGGGUCAGCAGCCACGUGCUCAGAUGCAGUAUGUAACAAAAACAGUUGGUGGAAAACAAACCCUGACAAGACAAGUGACUGAAGCAGAGAUGGCUAUUAUAAUUCAACGGAAGCAGGCUCAACAGGCACAAGCACAGGCGCAGGCUCAAGCCCAGGCCCAAGCUCAGGGACAAAUCCAAGCUCAAGUUCAAGUGCAAGGCCAAAUUCAAACUCAGGGCCAUCAGGUUGUUUCUCAGGCUCAACUGGCAAGUGUAGCUACUGCUGUCUCAACAAACCCAGCAACAACAACAGUUGCUGUUGCUAAGCAUGGUGGUCAGAUUACACAGCAGACCAUUGCUACAGCACAACUCCUUGCUCAAGCUGGUCUUGCAGUUCAGACUGGUGCUGCUGGCACAAGCCAAGCCACACUAGUUAAGACUGUGGCUGUGCCGAGUGGUGUAACAUUACCUGUUACUGGGGUAAUACCACAGCUCAAAGCUCAGCUGGCUCCAGGAAUUAAAGGUACACAACAGAUUAGACACUUAACUCAGCAGCAGCUGCUUUUGCAACAGCGGAAGCUAUCUCCUGGUCAGAAGGUAACACAGCUCACACCAGUUAAGGGUGGAGUUCCAACCCAGUUGCUUGUGCAAUCCCCAAAACCUAUGGGGGCGAUGACUGUUCAGCAAAUUCAACAGGCUAUGAAAAAUGUGCCAGUAGCAGUAUCAUCAGCAGGGAAUGCUGGCCAAGUGAUUUCCCAGGUGUUGGCUAAAGGCCAAGUGACUGCUGCUGGCAGGGUAAUCCCAGUGGCAACAUCAGGAACUGCACAAGCCGUGCAACGACAAGCAGUGCAGGUUGUUGCAGCAUCACCAGUGACUGCAGCACGGACACCUGUUUUGGAUUCGAGUGGCCGUCCCCAAGUUAGCAUUGCCUCCACCUUAGCCUCUGCUCUGGCUGGAAACAUCAAGGUCACCCAAUCAUCCCAGCAGGCCAUUCUCUCACAGGUAUCUGCUGCACUGCAGUGCCAGCCUGGUAUGGUACCAGUUUUGCGCCAAGCAACGCAGAGUCCUGUCCGUAUUCAAACAUCCAGUGGUGUUGGCACCCCCAUCAUGGCAGUGGCAGUCCAACAGUCCCAAGGACAAGGGACGUCCACAGUGGUUACUACACAGCAGCAACUCCAGCACCUACAACUGCAGUUGCAGCAGCAGCAGGCUGCUCAACAGAGCAGCCAGUCGUCCUCCUCAUCUGAUUUGGGCCAACAAUGAUCCUUACUGGCAAAAUCUGUUCUUCCUUGUUUACCUUAUUGGGUCCGACUCAAUCCCUAACAAUAUAGCUGUAGCAAUACGUCUUCACACAUUUUUGCAGUACGUAAUGCUAACUGUUCUGUUUUUGUUUUUUUUUUUAAAGCAAAGAAUUGUUGAAGAUUCGUCUUUUGAUUCGUCACUUCUCGGAAAUUUGUGUUUUGAUGUAAGUCGAUGAAGUUAAUGUUAAUGAAGCACCUUUGUACCUCUUUUUUUUUAAUUUCCCAGUAUUUCGCUAGUAUGUCUUUUAUGGAAGUCAGGGUACACUAGAAUGAGCAAAUGAGGGUUACCCAUUUUACCAUGGAGCUCCCUGUUUCAGGAUUCCAGGGAUGAAGUUUGGUAACUUCUCUCUUGUAAGCUAUCACUUGUGAGAGUUGCUCUUGUUUUUUUUUUUCUUUGUGUGUGUUUCUUUUCAUGGUUUCUGACAAAUUCCAUAUAUGCUGUUAAAAGUUACCAGAUGGUCUAAAAUUUGUGAUUUUAUUUUUAUGAUACUUUCAAGUGUAUCCAUCUUUAUCACAUGCUGUAUUUACUGAGAGCUUUUGAAACCAGUGCAGUGAAACUGAAGGAAAAACUGGAAGUUAAACAAUUUAGCCUAAUUUGCUGUGUCCAAGCCCCUGAUGGUGUGUAUGUAAUAUUUCAACAAAACCUGUCCAAAUGAUGUGACUUGCUUUUACUGCAAAAUGCAGAAGCUGAAGAAGUAUUCUGGUUUUCUGGGUUCUACAUUUUUCCUUUGAAUCACAACUUGUCAAUUAUUUGCUUGAAAUAAGUCUGUCGAGCCUUUCUUCAAAUUAGUCUCUCUGCGUGCUGUUAAUAUCCGUCCUGGAUACUUGAAGCCCAUUUUAACUCUGGUAAGGUGUGUUGAUGAUAAUGAUACCCUUAUUUCUAGUCUAGAUCACCGGCAAUAAUGCAAACAAGUCUAUAAUAUUUUUCUGACCUUUUAAUGAAGUAGGUGUAGGAUUUUAAGAUUUUUAAAAAAAGUGAGAUUGUAAAUAUGUAAAUAAGAUAAUGUGAAUUUGAAAAGAUGCUUCGAUAGGCAUGUGUUUGUAUCAAAUGCAUCCUUGUGUGCAGAUAUAUUAUCCUUAACUACAUAGACUCACUCUGCUUUUUGUGAAAGCACUUUCAGUGAAAUUAAUAUAUUACAAUUGUAUUAUAUGAGUGAAACCAUUGACGUCAGGUGAAAAGCGACUGCUUUUAAAAUGUAAUAAAUUAUUUAUGAAUGUGUUUCAUUUUAAUGUAAAUUUCUGUACAGUUAAUUUAGGAUUUUGCAAAUACAUUAUUUUCUGUAACUA